UCGCCAUAUUGCAGAUACUAACGCCUUUUGACUUUUUAACUCGUGAAAAAAAAGUGAAGAAAAAUUUAGAAAAUUAAGAAAAACUAAGAAAAUAAUAGAAAAUUUUUAAAUAAAUUAAAGAAAAUAAUAAAUAAUUAAAAAAAAUUAAAAAAAAUAAUAGAAAGAAACUGCAACCAUCAGUGGAGCACAGAGUAUUGGUGAGCUAUGAGUGUGUUAAGGCUGAUGAUGAUGCAUUGUUUGUCCAGGUGAAUGAAUCAUGAAUAGCAGCCAACCAACGCACCACUUUAAAGUUGGUCAAACAGUGCAAAUAGCUGGCAAACAUUUAGAGGGACGCAUAGCUUACAUAGGCAAUACUAGCUUUGCUCCUGGCAAAUGGAUUGGUGUUAUAUUAAAUGAAGAACGUGGUAAAAAUAAUGGCAGCGUUAAGGGUGUUAAUUAUUUCAAGUGUCCAGCCAAUUACGGCAUCUUUGUAAGACCCACUCAGCUGAUAAUGAAGAAAUCUAAUGUUAUAGAGGAAACUAAUGUUAAUAGAAGAAUGGAGGAAUCUGGAAAAUCCAAAAAGAAUGCGGCGGCGGUAACUAAACUGCAAAUGGCGGAGGGGGCGGCUGCUGUGGCGGCCGCCAGUUUGAAGAAGGUAACUAAACAGCCAACGGCUACCAAUCUACUCAAGACUACUAAGAUUAAUCAACCCAAAGAGGUGACACCCUUACAACCCAGCACUAGUCAGGUUUCCUUGGUGCAAACCGUGGUGCCAGGCCCUUGUCGCACUCUAAGGCCGCCACCGGCUUUAGCACCCAAACGCAGUAAAACCUCCAUGAGUCCCUCGGAAACAUUUUGUUGUGCCAAACGUAGCUCAUUUGUUGAAACCGGUUUUCUAGAGAUUUUAAGACCACAAUUUACACCGGGACAACCAUUACGCUCGCCUACCUUUAGCACCAUGAUGUUAAAUUCUAGCUCCAGUAAUUUACAGGAUCUCAAGCAGCAAACUAAACAAUUGGAGGCCAGAAUUGUGGAGUUGAAUAAGGAAAUUGAGGUCUUAAAAUCUCAAAAAACCGAAGAUAUACGAAAACUACAAGACAUGGAACGUUUGCGUUUACAAAAUGAACAGUUAAUGGAGUUCAAGGUGCGUAUUAUGGAUCAGCAGACAGGAUUGCAAAGGGAGCUGCAGCGUUUGAGACAGGAGUUAAGAGAGGUAAAUGAGGCUAAGGCCAAGUAUCAGAGAGAGUUAGAUGAGGCUGCGGAAAAUAUAGAAUUGCUAACCUUGGAUAAAGAAAUGGCCGAGGAAAAGGCUGAAACUUUGCAGCUGGAGUUGGAAAUGUGUCAAGAACAAAAUGAGGAAUUGGCUUUGGAUGUGGAGAUUUUGAAAGCGGAAAAUGAGCGCAUGUUAUUGGGCUCCGAUAACAAUUUGAUCAACAAAGAAGAAAUUAACAAUUCUGUGGGUGAGAUACGCAAACUGGAGCAAUACAAUCAACGUUUAAGGGAGACCGUCAUCAAGCUAAGAGAUGUCUUAACUUUAGAGAAACAGCAGUCGUUAAAAGCCUUUAAAGAGUUGGAAACUAAUUCCUCGGAAAUAUUAGAACUGCGCAAAACUAAAGAGCUGUUAACGCAACGCUGUGAUGUUAUGGAGUCUCAUAUAAUAGAUCUAAGGGAACAAGUAGAUGCCGCCUUGGGUGCCGAAACCAUGGUGUCCAAUUUGGCCAAUGCUAAGCUGGAGUUAGAGGAAAGAGUGCGCUUGCUGGAGGAGGAGGUUAAUGAGCUGGAGGCUUUAGAGGAGAUACAUGAACAAUUGAUUGAAAGUAAUCAGGAUUUGGAGCGUGAUUUAAGAGAAGAAAUCGAAAUGUUGAAUACUAAUAUUAGAACUUUACAACAGGAAAAGGAUGCCGCCUUGGAAACGGUGUACGAAAGAGAUUGCACUAUUAUGAAAUUCCGGGCCUUAGUGAAAACCCUUAAUGAAAGAGAACAGAUAAGAGAACAGGUUAAUUUGACUACACAGGCCUCCACCACAGCCACGGUUUCCACCUCUGAGGAACUAAACAGCAUCUCCUCUAAUCCGGAGUUUAUGCCGGGAGUAGAUUUCCAGCAGGUAUUUGCCUCUACCAAGGCUUAUGGCAGGGCCUUGGAGUUACAACUUUCCUCGGUAGAUUUGAAAAUGUUGCAGCUGCAAAUUGAGUAUUUGAAAGCUUUCCUACCCGAGGAAUUGCUAUUGAGAGGGGCCGCCUAUGAUGUUAUCUUGAUUUUGAUUAUUUUACAAAGAUGCAUGGAGAAAAUCGAUAUUGUGUGCUCGGGUAUUCAUGAGAAAUUCCCAGCUUCUUGUGAAUUUGGUCGAGAUGCCAUAUUUGAGGGUUAUUCGGUCCAUCGUUUUGCUUUUCGUACACGCUGCUUGUAUCUUUUGCGUUCUCUUAAGAUGAUUCUGCUGCAAUUGGAAUUCGCCUUGAAUCACUGUGACUAUGAGAUUUGCACUCAUGCCGCCAUCUAUAGGGGGGAAAUGGAAACGCAAGAAAAACAGUUAGAUGAGGUAUUGAAAUUGCUAAAGAAAGGUUUGCUAGAUGAGAACUCCCCAGUUGAGGGUCUAGAGCGUGCCGCCAGUUUCUUUAACACUUUGCUAAACAAUCUUUUUGCUUCGCAAAAUCUGGGUGAACUAUUGGAUGAACAGAAACUGUAUGUUAGUCUUAUAGAGGUCUAUGAUGUGGCCUUGGAUUGUGUUAAUACGCAUGCCGGUUUGUUGUACACCAUUAUUCAACUGGGAGAUGAGCAUACCGACUCCUUUUGCAGCAUGCAAUUCCUUAUGGAACAUGCCAGAUCUUUUAAAAUGCAGCUUAAGCAGUUACAGCGCAAAUUGCCCACCAAAUCGGUUAGCUACAGCACUCUACAAUGGCCUCAAUUGCAAAGGCUCCAUGAACGCAACGAUCAUUUGGGCAAACUCAUCGAAUUGUUGUCCUCCACGGCUCGUGAAGCCACCAAAGACAUUGCCAAUUCCUCCAAAACUGAGAAUACCAAUGAAAUAGCCAUUGACCAUGAACGUUUGUGGCGUAUAGUCAACUUGAAUUGCAAUAAAUUGGCUCCCGAAGCCUUUCAACGUUCUCCCGUGGAGUUCUUCCAUAACUCUGUCUUAAUACUCCAAGAACAACUUGAUGAAUUCCAGCAAUUUAUCAAAGAAAGCGAACAGGCUUUAACCAUUAAUCUCAACACUCUGUACGUGCGUUCCAAUGAGGUCACCAUACUCCAACAGGCCAAGGAAAUGAAAAAACAUUACGAUGAAACCAAACUAUUGCAACAUCAACUUUCCGAAAGGGAAAAAGAUAUCAAGACCCUUAAAUAUAAAGCAAAAUUAAAAGACAACGACUUUUCCGAACUGCAAAUAAGACGUGACAUGGCCGAGAAGAAUCUGCAAAAGCAGCAACAAGAACAUGAACAAUUACUGCAACAGGUAUCGCAAAAAAUGGAAGAACUACUCGAGGGCCUCCAACAGCAACAAAUCAAAUUUUUAACAUCUCUACAGAACAACAACGAUAAGCUUUUACUGCUCGAAAAAGCUCAAGAAAAUCUUAAAUUAUGUUUAGCUUCCAAUAAUCAAACUCUUAGCUCCUGUUCGCAUGAGGCUCUCAAAGAAAUCGAGAGUCUAACGCAAUGCAUACGCUAUCAUCGGCAGGAGAAUAUAACGCUACAAUCAAAAUAUCUAAAAACAGAAUUUCUCAAACUUGAUCCCCUCCAUGUACCCCAAAGAGUUUCACAGUCACCGCAAGAACUUAAAGCUCUCGGCAAAGAUUUGCAACAUUUAAAAAAAUCUUGGCUUUUAGGUUAUAUAGCCUUGCCUCAAACGGCCACAAAAACCACAAUAGAGCAAGAUGCUCAACAGUUGACACAGCAUAUCUUGUCUCUGUAUUAUCGUACACAUCCACAUCGUCAAAUACUAAGCGAUUUCGGACAAUUUGGCACCCCCGAAGUUAAGGAAUUAUUUGAAUAGUUUAUUAUGAUUUUCUAGAGCAAAAUAGUUUAAAUUACAUUUGGAGGAUAAAAAAACGAUAGUAGUUAUUUAAUAAUAAUUAUGAUAAUAAUCUUUAACAAAUAGUUAAUAAUAAUUUUUACUUAAUCUUUACAGAAAUACUUGAAACAAAAGGAUGUUUAAAACUCAAAAUUGUUCAUUUCACAACUGUCCUCCAUAUUCCAAAACAGAAUUAUCUUCCUAAGAAGACAAUUUUCAAUCAAAAAAGUAACUUCCAAAGAAGACAAUUUGCUAACAAGAAAACCAACCUAUUUCUGCCAAAAAACCCAACUUCAACAUAAGUUAAAUUUCGCCUCCAUUAAAGAAUACUAACUUCCCAAGUUUUCUAAACGAAAACUAUCUUCCAAAAGAUAACACUUUUCAAGAAGAAAACUAUCGUCCCCAAGAAGACACUACCUUGUAAAAGAAAACACUCUAUAAGAAAACUAACUUCCAAAGAAGACACUUGUCGAGAUGAAAACUAUCUUCCCCAUGAAAAACUUUUCUAAAUAAGAAGUAACUUCCAAAAAAGACACUCUACGAAAACUGUAUCCCCAAAGAAGACACUUUCUUAUCCCCAAAACUGUCUUCUUCAAGAAGACACUUUUCUUGAAGAAAACUAACUUCUAAAGAAGACACUUUUCUAAACAAAAACAAUCCUCACAAAGAUGACUCGUAUCUAUACGCUAAACUGUCUCCCCAAACACGACACGAAAACUAUCGUCCCCAAGAAGACGCUUUUCUAUAAGAAAACAAAGUUCCAAAGAAGACACUUGUCUAGACGAAAACUAUCUUCCCAAAAAACACUUUUCUACGUAAAAAGUAACUUCCAAAAAAGACACUUUUCUCUAUGAAAGCUGCCUCCCCAAAGCUGCCACUUUUCCAUGCAAAAACUGUCUUCCCCAAGAUAACACUUUUCUAGAAAAAAAAACUAUCAUCCCAAAUACGACUCUUCUAUACCCAAAACUGUCUUCUUCAAGAAGACACGUUUUUUGAAGAAAACUAACUUCUAAAGAAGACACUUUUCUAAACGAAAACUGUCUUCCUCAAGAAGAAACUUUUCUAAACUAAAACUAUCCUCCCACAGAAGUCUCGCAUCUAUACGCUAAACUCUCUCCCCAAGAAGACACUUCUAGAAAAUGUUAAUUUUUAGACAGUUUUCUUAUAAAAAAUUGUCUUCUAAAGAUAGUUUCUGGAUAGAAAAGUGUCGUCUAAAGACAGUUUUCCUAUAGAAAAGUGUAUUCUAAAGACAGUUUUCGUAUAGAGAAAGUGUCCUCUAAGAUAGUUUUCUGAUAGCAAAAGUGUCUUCUAGGAUAGUUUUCUGACAGAAAAGUGUCUUCUAAAUACAGUUUUAGUAUAGGAAAGUGUCUUCUAAAGACAGUUUUCGUAUAGAAAUGUAUCUAAUAAAGACAGUUUUGUAUAGAAAAGUGUCUUCUAAAGACAGUUUUCUUAUAGAAAAGUGUCUUCUCAAGACAGUUUUCGUAUAGAAAGGAGUCUUCUAAAGCUAGUCUUCGUAUAGAAAAGUGUUUCCUAAAGACAGUUUUCUUAUAAAAAAGUGUGUUCUAAAGACAAUUUUCGUAUAGAAAAGUGUCUUCUAACGAGUUUUCUGAUAGAAAAAAGACUUCUAAAGACAGAAAUUUAUUUUCUGUGAGCAGUUUUCUUUAGAAAAUCACUUUUCAAGGGAGUUUUCUUUACAAAAAUCACUUUUCAAGGCAGUUUUCUUUAGAAAAGUUUCUUUUGAAGGCAGUUUUCUUCAGUUUCUUUUGAAGACAGUUUUCUUUAGAAGUGUUUUCUGUAAGCAGGUUUCUUUUCAAAGCAGUUUUUUAUAGAAAAGUCUUUUCUGUCAGCAGUUUUUUUGUAGAGAAGUUCCUUUUGAAGGCAGUUUUUCAUAGAAAAGUCUUCUCUGUCAGCAGUUUUAUGUAGAGAAGUUUUUUUUUCAACAUUUUUCAUCAGAAAAGUUUCUUUUGAAGGCAGCUUUUCAUAGAAAAGUUUUCUUUGGACAGUUUUCUUUAGAGAAGUCCCUUUUUGAGACCGUUUUCUUUAGAAAAGUGUUUUCUGUAAGCAGUUUUCUAUAAAAAAAUUUAUUUUGUAGUCAUUUUUCUAUAGAAAAGUGUUUUCUAUAAACAAUUUUCUUAAGAAAAGUUUCUUUUUUGAACAGUUCUUUUCAGAAAGUUUCUUUUCAAGGCAGUUUUUUAUAAAAAAGUAUUUUCUGUCAGUAGUUUUCUGUAGAGAAGUUUCUUUUUGAGACAGUUUUCUUUAGAAACGUCUUUUUGUGAGCAGUUUUCCUUAGAAAAGUUUCUUUUGAAGACAGUUUUCUCUAGAAGUGUUAUCUGUGAGCAGUUUUCUUUAGAAACAUUUCUCUUUUAGACAGUUUUCUUUAGAAAAGUGUUUUCUGUGAGCAGUUUUCUUUAGAAAAGUUUCUUUUAAAGACUGUUUUCUUUAGAAAAGUUUUAUCUGUGAGCAGUUUUCUUUAGAGAAGUUUCUUUUUGCGACAGUUUUCUUUAGAAAAGUUUUUUUGAAAGCAGUUUUUUAUAGAAAAGUCUUUUCUGUGAGCAGUUUUCUUUAGAGAAGUUUAUUUUUGAGACAGUUUUCUCUAGAAGUGUUUUCUGUAAGCAGUUUUCUCUAGAAAAGCUUCUUUUAAAGACAGUUUUCUUUAAAAAAGUUUAUUUUUUAAACAGUUUACUUCAAAAAAGUUUCUUUUCGAGGCAGUUUUUUAUAGAAUUUUUUA